AUGGCGGAGCAGAUCACGGAGCAGCAGGUGGUGGCCACGUACAAGAGUCUGCGCGCCGAGGUGCGGCAGAUGGCCGAGAAGAUCGCCGAGCUGGAGGCCGAGACCACGGAGCACGACCGCGUGAUCCAGACGCUCAACGAGCUGCCCAAGGACCGCCGGGCCUACCGCAUGGUGGGCGGCGUGCUGGUGGAGCGCACGGUGCAGGAGGUGCUUCCGGCCGUGACGGCCAACCGCGACGGCAUCGCGCAGGUGCUGGCCCAGCUCAACGACAACAUCAAGCAGAAGGAGAAGGCCGCGGACGAGUGGCAGCGGAAGUACAACAUCCAGGUGCAGCAGUAA